GUACUACGCGAAAUUCAUUCAAAGGCUGAACCGUUACGCACCUUGAAUACCAAGCUUAUUUUGAAAUUGGCUAUCAAGACUAUGGCUAUCAUUCAACACACGCAGCAAAGCCUGACACGUUCGGAGCAUCAACCAGAUUCGCAGAGCCCCCUCAUUCGUUGUGCCGUUCAUUACCGGAUCGGUGUCGUUCCCGUUGGAGAACCCUCAAUAGCUAUUGCCGUCUCCUCUCCUCCGAGUCACCGUAAAGAAGCCUUCGUAGCAUGUGAGAGGAUCCUCGAACAAGUCAAGCGAAAGGCACAGAUCUGGAAACGAGAAUACUACAAGGGAAUGGAUGACAGUGAAGCAGAGUGGAAAGCUAACGCAUAACAAGUACAAGAAACCAUCAAUCAUUAAUCUACCUUCAGCCAUUCUUAUUGGACGAUAUCUAAUGAUCCCAUCUGUGAAGCCCUGUCUUCUUCAUUGUUCAACAAGCAGAUAUCUCCCCUCGUUCGCCAUCUUUUCCGAUCUUUU